AUGGAUGAUAGGCGCGAAGCCAAAAGAGCACGCCAGGCGUGUCUCAACUGCAGGAGAAAGAAGACACGCUGCUCCGGGGAGAAGCCAGUGUGCGCAUUCUGUGCCCGCCUCAACCAGCGCUGUACGUGGGAUGGCGACGAAGAGGUCUCGCCUGACCGACUCACGGACACGGGCCGAGCUUCAUUCUCCUCAGGCAUAGCCGCACAAAACGCCAGUCUUGCUGCAAGAGUCGCUUUGCUGGAGUCUCGGCUGAGCUUUCUGGACGCGGACAGUGCUUUCAACCUAUUCGCCUCCGUGUCACCGCAGCCAACCAGUAAUCAGCCUGCGGACCAGCCUCCUGUGGUCGACGAGAUCGCCCGCACAAAUAGCGAUUUCACCUCUCUUCCAGACCCCGCCAUCUUUCGAUCUCUCGUCCAGGUCUAUUUCGAUCGUUGUCACAACCAGCCUUAUGCCUUCUUCCACGAAGAGAUGUUUCGCCAUGACUAUGAAUCUGGAUCAUUGCCAGAAUAUUUACUCUACGCCUUUGCUGCGGCUGCCUGUCGCUUCUCCGACCACGAGUUCUAUCAACAGCGUCGUGCCGAAGCAAUUGACACCUAUGCCCAGGUCUCCUUUGGGCAGAUCUUCGAACAUUCGUUCUCAGACGCGGAGAGUUUAGAGCCAUGGAUGGUGGUGGCUCUAGCCAUUUUAGCCGUUGUGGACUUCGCAGCUGGACGUCCGAAGAUUGGCUGGGUGAAGUUGGCUCUGUCGUGUCGGUUCGCACAUGCCCUGCGGCUCAACGAAGAGCCCGACUCACAGCUUCCUGUCCACGAACAAGAAGAGCGGCGUCGAAUAUUCUGGUCCGUUUAUCUCCUCGAUAUCAUAAUGUCAGUCGGACCCAACCGGCCUCCUUCACUUCUCGAUGAAGACUGCACCGUCCGUCUUCCGUGCCACGAAGGUCUUUUCAGGGAUGGACUCGACGGUGGCCCUGUGCCAAAUCUGACCACUGUUGUCGAAAACCCGUCAGGCUCCAACCAUCAGAAUCUGGAUCCUUUUGCCAUGACCGUAAUCAUGGCAUCAGCAUUAGGUCGGUUUAUACGGUUCAGCUUGAAGCGCACCCUGAAUACGACUCAUGUCCUCUGGGACCCACGUUCCAAGUAUUAUGAGGUACAUAGCAUUUUGUUGUACUACGAAGCCCAUUCGCUAUGUGCCUUGAGCAGCAUUUCAGAGGCGCUGAAUCGACAACCUUCAUUCAUCGAAUCUGCAUCCCCGUCACAAGUCAGUCACAUUGUCUACGCCCAUGCCCUCUAUCACCUCAACAAUUGUCUUCUCAAUCAUCCAUUCAUAUUAUACCGCUUUUUCCAGGCCUAUACAGCGCCUGUCCCUCUAAGUUUCGUGCAGGAAGCGCUACAAAGAUGCCGAAAACACGCCACCAACCUCCUCGAGCUGCUAGCCGACCUGGAGUCGUAUGGCCCUCUCAGCCAUCCGAGCUUCUAUGGGUAUUGUGCAAUGGCUGCAGGGGUGAUACACAGCAUAUAUGAAAAAAGCGAUGACGCAGAAGUCGCACAGACUUCGAGGAAACACCUUCAGGCUGCGUUAAAUUUUCUACAACGCGAACCAGUGCGAUGGGGCCAUGUGAACCACAUGGGCACCCUCCUCCGGUCGUUCAAGCUGGAUCCCGCGGUUGCAAGGGUUCUCACAAAUCCCGUGAGCCUAGCACAGAAGGUGACUGUGCCACUCGGAAAUAUGCUAUGGCAGCUCCUUGAUUACGCUUGGUUACCCCGUAACAUCCACCCUGGCGAGAAUAAGUCGUCUGUGGCAGACCUAUUGCCCGGAACAGGACACCUCCAGUCAAAUAUGACCGAGACUUUGGCUUCCAAUGGCGCAAAUCCCCCAGGAGGGCCGUUUAAUGGAACUGGCGUACUGCCCCCAACGUACGCUCGUAUGUUGGGAGAAGACAUGGGCGAUAUAUUGUCAGAAGCCAUGGGUGACAACCGCUUGCAAGGGUUUGUGCGACCAAUGUUUUCUGACAGACCUUCAGCUGCCCUUUGA